AUGGACGGAGUUAAUAUCCCUUACAAUCCUCGUACUGUCGAAGAAGUCUUUCGGGAUUUCAAAGGUCGCAGAACUGCCUUAGUCAAAGCCCUCUCCACUGAUGUCGAUGAGUUCUUCCGGCAGUGUGAUCCCGAUAAGGAAAACCUUUGUCUUUAUGGAUCUCCCAGUGAGCAGUGGGAGGUGAAUCUGCCAGCUGAGGAAGUGCCGCCGGAGAUUCCGGAGCCAGCAUUGGGUAUUAACUUUGCGAGAGAUGGGAUGCUAGAAAAGGAUUGGCUGUCUUUGGUUGCUGUACACAGUGAUGCUUGGUUAAUGUCCGUGGCUUUUUAUUUCGGUGCUAGGUUUGGAUUCAAUAAAGCUGAUAGGAAGAAGCUAUUUGAUAUGAUAAAUGAUCUUCCAACAAUCUUUGAAACUAUUACUGGGGUUGUCAAGAAACAAGGAAAGGAAAAGUCGUCAUCGGUUUCUAAUAAUAGCAGUACCAAAUCUAAAGUAAACCCCACGCAAGAUUCUGAACCACAGGCAAAUUUUUCAAAACCAAUGGCAAUGCAAAUGCAAUCAAAGGAAAAUGACGAGGCAAAUUUUUCAAAACCAAUGGCAAUGCAAAUGCAAUCAAAGGAAAAUGUCGAGGCAAAUUUUUCAAAACCAAUGGCAAUGCAAAUGCAAUCAAAGGAAAAUGACGAGGCAAAUUUUUCAAAACCAAUGGCAAUGCAAAUGCAACCAAAGGAAAAUGACGAGGCAAAAUUUUCAAAACCAAUGGCAAUGCAAAUGCAAUCAAAGGAAAAUGACGAGGAUGGUUGUCUAGGCAUGGACGAGGAAGACGAGGAAGACGAGGAAGACGUGGAAGAUGAUGAAGAGCAAGGAGUGACUUUGUGCGGCGCAUGCGGAGAGAGCUAUACAACUAAGCAUUUCUGGAUUUGCUGUGACAUUUGUGAUAUGUGGUUUCAUGGAAAAUGUGUGAAGAUUACUCCAGCGAGAGCUGAGCAUAUCAAUAAGUACAAAUGUCCAUCUUGCAGCAACAAGAGAGCUCGCCCUAGUAGCUUGAUAUAG